AUGAUGAACCUGCAACUGUCAACUGCGUUUCAAUCGUUCGUAGAGCGGGUCAGGCAGUGCAAGGACCGGAGGGAUCUAUGCAGGCGGGUGAUCGACCGCAUGCUACACACCAAGCUGGCGGCGGCCUUCGACCGCUUCAGGGAGAUGAUUGACAAGUCUCAAGCUCAAAAGAAGGUGAUUGCGAACGUGAUCGGGCGGUGGGUGUCUCCGCUGGAGCGGCAGUGCUUCGACCGCUGGCUGGACUACGUAGAGUAUAUGCGAGCUUGCGAGAAGGAAGAGGCGCAGGAAAGGCUUCACGAGCAGUUACUUUCACUACGCAACGAGGUCAGCCUGAACCAAGACUACGUCAGGAGAGAGCAGGACCGCCGUACCGAGAUCAGCCGGCGGGUGGUGCUACGGAUGUUCCACAUCCAGCUGGCGACGGCGUUUGACUCCUUCGUAGAGCGGGUCAGGCAGUGCAAGGACCGGAGGGAUCUAUGCAGGCGGGUGAUCGACCGCAUGCUACACACAAAGCUGGCGGCGGCCUUCGACCGCUUCAGGGAGAUGAUUGACAAGUCUCAAGCUCAAAAGAAGGUGAUUGCGAACGUGAUCGGGCGGUGGGUGUCUCCGCUGGAGCGGCAGUGCUUCGACCGCUGGCUGGACUACGUAGAGUAUAUGCGAGCUUGCGAGAAGGAAGAGGCGCAGGAAAGGCUUCACGAGCAGUUACUUUCACUACGCAACGAGGUCAGCCUGAACCAAGACUAUGUGAGGAGAGAGCAGGACCGCCGUACCGAGAUCAGCCGGCGGGUGGUGCUACGGAUGUUCCACAUCCAGCUGGCGACGGCGUUCGACUCCUUCGUAGAGCGGGUCAGGCAGUGCAAGGACCGGAGGGAUCUAUGCAGGCGGGUGAUCGACCGCAUGCUACACACGAAGCUGGCGGCGGCCUUCGACCACUUUUUUGACGUCAUAUCGUAUUUACGAUACCGCAACUCUGUUUUGAUGAUGGUGAUCGGGCGGUGGGUGUCUCCGCUGGAGCGGCAGUGUUUUGAUCGGUGGUCUCAUUUUACAUCCGUCAUUUCACAACUCAGACAUGAAAGCGUGUGGGAGGCCUGGGAAUCAGGCGGAGCUACAAGUCUGGCCGUGGACUCCGCUACUUUCUCUAUUUUCUUUGAUCUAGCCAAACCCUCGUCGUUCGACAUGCAAGAAAUCAGAGGCCGAGUGCUCUUGGAUUUGGCCAAGAUCUUCUCCGUUGAGAUCGAUCGGAUCUCAUUUCCAGGGAAUGCCAGGAUGCAUUUGGUCUUGGAUUGCCAGGUAGAAUGUGCUCAUAGCUUGCAGCAGUUCGACAGCAUUCUUGCAUUGAAGUCAGACUGCUUCCAACUGUCCAACAAGAAAUUCUUCAAGACCAAACGGAACCAUUGGUGCUGCAGUGCCAAGUCAGAUAUCUCGAUUCGGGACGUCUUCGUCUCCAUCCCAUCCGGUCCCUCAGGUUUGGAGUCAAUGCAGGAACUCGACAAGGAGGAGGCACUGCUUCUGAACAAGGAAAACUUGAGUCAUUUCUGGACGUCAAAGUCGGGGAGAACAUUGAUGGAGGAAGCAUACCUAGGGUGGAGUCGAUAUGUCAUCAGAUUGACGGUGAUCACGAAAGGAAUUCUACAUCUACAGGGGAAGAGCGAGAAGUACAUCAUACAACAGAUCUUCAUCAAUUGGAAGGAGAAGGCGCAGCCCAAGCUCGUGCUGACUAUGUGCUGA